GAAACAGCACGUGCUUUCUUCUAGCCGUCUGUUCAAGAUCGAUCUCGAGUCUCGAUUAGUCCACUCUUCAAAACACACUCAUUGAUCCGAGAUGACCGGUGUUCGUUUCUUCCUCUUCUUCCUUUUGGCCAGUCUUUUGGAAUUAUCUAGCAGCCGAAUCGAUAAAGACCUCAGAGAAAAGAGAAACGUUUUAUAUUCACCCCCACUUCUUUAUCCUUUUGGUGGUACGAUUAAGCUCGUGGUAGGAUUCGCAGUACCGAUCGAACUAGCUGGAAGGAUUUUGGUUUACGGCCAAAACUUUCAAUUCCAAUAUGCUCUGCCGCAAAAUGCUACGUUCUUCAGUAAUUUAUCACAAAAUCGCGUCUUUUCACGACGACCUAGAGAUCUCGAUAGGUACGGAAGGGUACUUCUUUUUAAUACGUUGGAACAAUAUUUUCAAAGAAAUGGAUUAAACGGACGAGAAUGUAUAAAAAAGAGCAUUUGCGAGGCUGUUGCAGAUCCUUUAAUAAACGAAGGCCUUAUCGGGGAACUUUUACAUCUUUUAUUAACACCGGAACACGCCGAGGAUCCAUCUUUUCCUGAAGAUUUCCUCUUAGCAGCCAAAGUUGGUCAAAGAAAUGAGGAUUGCUCAAGGAUGUUUUCUUCUUGUCCGGCUGGUCAAGGAUUUUUGGAUCGAAUAACUCGGCCCUUUUGAUUCGUCUAUACAAUUUCUUGAAAUUUUAAAAUAAUAAUGAAAAAUAAAACAAACCUAACAUAUGUGACAAUUCAUUAUAAGAGACAUUUUCUUCUAACAUCAGUCUGAUUUCUCUUAUUCUUUUCUAUAGAAAAAAAA